CGUGACCGCGGGGCCCACGUGACCACGGCUCGGGGGGCACCAACAUGGCUGCGCCCACGCGCACGCUGGGGGCGCGGUGGUGGCGGGGGCUCUAGUGCCGUUUCGAGGAAGGGAGAGCCGAGCCGCGCUGCCAUCCCGGCCCACUGACCCCGUAUGGAGACGCGGCAGUCCUGGGCGGCCUUGGCGGCUGGUGGAGUUGCUGGUGUCUGUGUUGACCUGAUCCUUUUUCCCCUGGAUACCAUAAAAACAAGACUGCAGAGUCCUCAAGGAUUUAGGAAGUCUGGUGGUUUUCGUGGCAUCUAUGCUGGUGUUCCUUCCACUGCUAUAGGAUCCUUUCCAAAUGCUGCUGCUUUUUUUAUCACCUAUGAGAAUGUGAAAUCCAUGCUGCACUUUGACUCUGCAUCCUACUUGACUCCAGCAACACACAUGGUGGCCGCCUCCCUUGGGGAAGUGGUUGCAUGCCUUGUACGGGUUCCAUCUGAAGUUGUCAAGCAACGGGCCCAGGUUUCUCCUUCCUCAAGUACCCUCCGGAUUCUUUCCCACACCUUGUAUCAUGAGGGUAUUCAAGGACUUUAUCGGGGUUAUAAAAGCACAGUAUUAAGAGAGAUUCCUUUCUCUCUUGUACAAUUUCCCCUCUGGGAGUCCUUAAAGGAUCUCUGGUCAUGGAAGCAGGGUCACGUGGUGGAUUCUUGGCAGUCGGCAGUCUGUGGAGCUUUUGCAGGUGGAUUUGCAGCUGCAGUCACCACGCCUCUCGACGUAGCGAAGACAAGAAUUAUGUUGGCAAAGGCUGGUUCCAGCAAUGCUAGUGGGAAUGUUCUGGCCGCCCUUGGAGGCAUCUGGAGGACGCAAGGCCUGUCAGGCUUGUUCGCAGGUGUUGUCCCACGGAUGGCAGCCAUCAGCCUGGGAGGCUUCAUCUUCCUGGGGACAUACGAGAAGACUCGGCAGCUGCUGCUCUGAGCCAGCCUGGCCGGUCCAGCCGGUGGCCACUGAGGCGCUGGAGAAGCCGCUGAGCUGGAGGAGGAGUCCACCCAUGAACGCAGCCUUCCUCCUGCCACCCCUCGCCGCGCAGGAGCAGCUGUUCAGCAGGCUGAGCGCCACUUUCGCUGUUAAAGAAAAGUAAAUCCUCCAAUAAUCCAAUUUCCCAAACAUGAAAUUUUCCUGCAUGGAAAGUGAGUGAGGUCAUACUGAGAGUCGUGCCAAAAAAGUACUGUUUGGGGGGUAAACAGCUAAUUACGGUGGCUGAGAAAGGCGUUAUUAGUCCUCUGUCAGGGGAAAUGUUUUGCAAACCUCCAGAUCAUGGGCUGAGCGGAGAGGCUGAAAUAAAGCGAGUUUUCAUCAGUGAGUGGCACCUGCCUCGUAACACAGGGAAGGGUUUUUCUGGUCGGGGAAGGGGCCGAUAGAGUUACAGACUGCUGCCCUCCAACAGCACUGAAAGUAUUCCAGGUUGGGAGAGCUCUUUGUAAAAGACAAUAAUCCAUUUGUUCCUGAUUCGAGCCCUAUUUUUGAAAGUUUAUAUUGCUGUUUAUCCCUACAGGUGCUCAGCAAGCAUUUCUGUGUGGAAAUUUUCUGUGCAGCUUUGUUAAUUAGACUCACAUUUCUCCACUAAAAGCAUGAGCUCGUAUUAUUUUACAGCUGUGCUUGUGCAGAGAGAUGCAGCUCUGUCUUCUUUUGGUCUUCCUCUCUGAACAGCUGAAGGAACAGGAGGCUGGAAAUGCUGAAGCCCAAGGAGGGAGGCUGGGAAGGCAAGGAGAGCGCAUAAGUUCUCCUGCCGAUGAACAGAUGGAUCCUGAGGGCUCUCAGGGGGCUGCUGGCCGGCAGAGCAAACCUGUGCUGUUGCUCUCCUCUUAGGAAAUGGAAGCUGUAGUGGCCAAAGUGGUGCAGGAACGAGGUUGGUGAAAAGGCCUAAUUGAAAUUAAUGAAAAGGACAUCCUGAAAUUAAUUAAAAUGAUCAGGAGAGGGUGGAUGGGGGAGAAUUGGCCAAGUUUACACCAGCAGCUCAGCUAGGUGCUGUUGGAAAUGGGUGCUUGUGUGGGAAUGCCUGGGCAGGCAGAGUUGAGCUACUGCAGUGAGCACCUAAGGCACGCGCUGAAGCCCCUCCGUGGCUGUGCCAGCAGGACGGGUUGCGAGGGGCUCGGUUGGGUGGCGGCAGCUCCUCUGUUUGCCCUGGGCUCAGCCGGGAUGCUCAGUGGGUGAGGAUGAGGAGGGCAGCUUUGUGCUGGGUGUUGGGAUGCGCUGCACCAACGAUGCCGGCGAUCGAAUGUGAGAGCCCAGCACAGCCCGGCUCGUGCAGCCACGGCAGCAGCGAGGCUGUCGGCUUCGGCCCCGUGCACCGGUGUUACGGGGUGUUGUAGCCGUGAUGCCGUGCUUCCCUGGAGUGCUGUAAUUUAGCAGUGAGGUUGUUCCGUCCAUUAGGACGGUGCCACACAGUAGGAGGGAGCGUGGGCCAAGGAGGAGCAAACGCCAAACCAGCUCUGUGUGUGAGUGAACAGGGAGCACGGGCAGAGCUGUGGCACAACCACGAGCCGGGCUUUCCAAGGCCGAUGUUUAAUUACACUGUCAUCCCGUGAGUAAAGUUAAAAAAUAAUUGGCAACCAAGUAAAGCAAACAUAACAAAGGACAUGAUUCUUAACACUAAUCUUCAAUUAAAAAUGGGGAGUCAGCUAAGUCCCAUACUGGCUGGCCAGUGCUUCCAGUUGCCACAGCACGGUGUAGCCGUGCUUCCCACCACUUUCAAGGAUGGCUCUUCUGUGAAGUUCUAUAUAGAGACCAGAACCCAUCUAGGGAGCUUUGGGUUGGAGAUUUAUUACUGUCUUAUAUUUUCUACUAAAGCUCUUUAAACAUGAAGAGAGGGUUAGUGCUGUACUCGGUGCAUUUAAUUAUUUGAGCCGAAAAUAAUUGUUGAGUCCAAAUGCUGCAUUUUUGUUGGUUUUAUUUAAUAUUUGCAUAAUCAGUUUUUGGCAUCACUGGGGUGUUUUUUGUUAAAAAACUCUCAAUCCAUACCUCAAACGACUCCCCACAUUGCUUUAGCCAACCUAAUGCUGGGGUGGAGCGAUGGGAGCCCAAGUGAUUCCCCUUCCUUUGUGCCAAUGGAGUGUCUCCAAACCCUGAACCACCGCGGGAAGGACAAGGUCACUCAUGAGCGGCACCGGGCAGGUGAGAGUUGCGGCGGGCAGGGACCGUUCCACACACACUGAUUUGUCUGAUCCUGCUGUAAAUGACACUGUGGGGGGAAAGACCUAAAAAUGUGGGGUUUCCCCCAUCUCCACUACCCGUUUGCCUCGAGUUUUAGCAGUGUUGUAUUUCAAGUUUACCAGAAGUUGGAUAUAUUUUAGCUCAGUAAUGUGGAAUAACAACUUGAAUCUCAGACCAGGCUCAGCCUCUUAAAGGCUCAUUCUUUUCCAUUAUAAAAAAUCGAACUCCUACAUGUGUUAACAGACAUCAGAGCAGAAAAUCCACUUUAUGCCCAAAGUUCUAAUUUGGAGGAGGAAAUACUUUAAUUUUAUUUUUAAAUAUACAGAACCUGAAUUGAGAUUUUAAGUUAAACCAAGAAUCUGAGCUUAUCUCUAACGCUGCCUCUGGAAUUUCCAGCAAGGGUACGGCUGGGGUUUGAAAAAGCCAGAGGUGACCCAUUUUCCUUGCAUCCUUACGGAUGCGCACAGCCCAUCUCUCUGGUUUCCAAGUGCUGAGACUGCCAGAUACUUAACCAAGGUGAUAUAUUAGAAAUGUUCUUUAUUGUAUCUUUCAAUACAGCCCCCAAAAUUCCACCUCAUCCACAGAUUAGGCUCAUGCCAACCCACAGUGUCUAAUGUUGAAGCUGUGGGUCUUGUUUCAGGAGUGACUAUUUUGGCAGUUGGUCUGUGUUUUCAUCAGAGAAAGACAGAAAAGAGUGUAGCAAUGGAUUAGAAUUUUAUUUAAUUUUCCACUGAAACUCCCAAAAGCUCACUCGCAACAAAACCACUUUGAUAUUACAAAUGAACCUUUAUUAAAGACACUUCAAUGCCGUUUGUUAGACACUUCAAUAUCUUACAUGUUUUUCAAUGUACAACAUUGUACCAAAUUUUCUAAUAAAUAAAUAACUUUGUACACAAAAGUAAUACUUCCUCUUUCACAUUGCCUCUUAGAAGCAGCAAAUUCACAUAUUUAGUGGAAGUCAUAACAUUAGGCAGUUAACUAUUCGGAAACAUUAUUUUCACUUGUUAAUGUGGCAAAGAUGCUUUGUGUCUGCAGUGGUGAUGACAUUUCCACCAGCAAAAUGAGUCAACUCAAUCAUUCCCAUCGUCCCUGUGUCCCCAGUUCCACUGUGUUCUCCCCGCUAGUCGGCUCCCAAGCAUCCUUCUCCUUCAGUAAAGGGAACAGCACCCUCGGUGUACAGUUUUCUAACAUCCUUUUCCAUUUCUUUGAGUAAACUUGGUACUCAGCAUCACCAGGCACCUGCCUCAAAGUGCAAACGUGGCCAUAGUCAGGAACAGGUACAGACAGGUGCCUGGCUGCGUUCUGCCCUGCAUUAUCAAGGUUGCCCACAGCAAAACUCCCCCUCAGCUCCUCAGGGUGAGGCUACAGGACAGAUCCCCAAGUGAUGGAUCUGAAUGGAAAACUAACCGUUUGUGCCCUUAUUUGAGCCGCAGCACUAACAAAGGUGGAUUCCUGCCAGAGUGGGCUUCAGUGGAACUGGUAUUUGAGUUGCUUCUAAAGGAAAAUGGUAACAACUCCCCCUAAUAAACCUUCCCCCAAAGUAGUCAUCACCAGAGUGAGCAACCUUAUGUUAGCAGGACUAAAACUACAAAUAACUCGAAGAGAUUCCUCCAUCCACAGGUACCAACACCAACGGAAAGCAGCCUUUCUGUAAAGAAAAAGUUCUGUAGUGAAGUUGGAAGUGACAGCAAGAGAUCUGUGUGACCACGGUGGGUCUUUCUUU